UAUACGAGGUAUCCAGAGCUUGUUCUCAACCUGUUUGAUAAUAUGUGUGUCUCCAAAACCCAUUAUACUUUGUCCAAUAUCUUUGUCAGAAACAAAUGAAUCGUAUUAUCAAAGUAAGACCACGAUAUAAUUUAAUCCUAAAUUAAAUAUUCUAUUGAAAACUUGGAGAAAGCAAUGUUUAUAUUUAUUCAAACCUCAAAUUCAAAUGUGACGACAUAUGUCACAAAUUGUCACCAAAGAUAUUUGACAAUUUUACAACACAAAUGGCUUUUGCUCUUAACGAAUCAUCAUAUCCCACGGCAGUUUUUUGCAUAAUCGCCACAGAAUUUUGCGAGAGAUUUUCAUUUUGUGGCCUGAGAACAAUUUUGUCUUUAUAUUUAAGAAAUAAUCUACUUUUUUCUGAAAACGCUUCUACAGUCAUCUAUCACGUCUUCAACAUGGGAUGUUACAUAGUACCCUUGGCUGGUGCCGUAUGUGCUGACAGUUACAUUGGCAGAUAUCGAACCAUAAGGAAUUUCUCGUUAAUUUACCUAAUAGGAAACAUGUUAAUGUGCGUGGCAGCCGUACCAUCAUUGGACAUCUCUCCAGUGGGUAUUUCAGCCACUGGAUUGGUGUUAAUAGCAAUUGGAACUGGCGGGAUUAAACCCUGUGUCGCUGCCUUUGGCGGCGAGCAAUUUCAUUUACCCGAUCAACAGGACUUGUUGACCCAUUUCUUCUCCAUAUUUUACUUCACCAUCAAUCUCGGAGGUUUCGUCGGGAUGAUUCUCACGCCAAUCAUGAGAAAAUGGAUCUCGUGUUUUGGGGACGACACCUGCUACGCUCUGGGGUUUGGAUUUCCUGCAGCUCUAAUGCUUUUAUCUAUUCUGCUGUUCGUUAUGGGAAAAAGGUAUUACAAGGUGAAGACGCCUAAAACCAACGUCAUUGUACAGUUUGUGAAGUGUACAGCUUAUGCUUUAGGUAGAAAAAGGAAGAGUAAGACAAAGUUGCCUCAUUGGCUUGAUUAUGCAGAUGGAGUUUACAAUUCUAAAUUGAUCGCUGAUAUGAAAUUAGUUUGCUCCAUGUUGUUGCUCUAUGCCCCCUUGCCCAUAUUUUGGUCGUUAUUCGAUCAACAGGGCUCCAGGUGGACUUUUCAGGCAUCGCACAUGGAUGGCAAUGUCUUCGGUACUCAAAUUGUCCCCGACCAGAUGCAAGUAAUAAAUCCCGGCUUGGUCCUGAUCCUCAUACCAAUCUUCGACAACAUCUUCUACCCGUGCUUCGCGAAAUGCAACUUAAUGGAGAACUCCCUCCAUCGAAUGGCAAUUGGAGGAAUCAUUGCUGGAUUGGCGUUUUUCUCCGCAGGCGUCUUGGAACUGAUAUUGGAGACGACAUAUGCUCAAAUACCGGACAGACACACGGCCGGCAUCAACGUCAUCAACACCUUACCCUGCGACAUCAAACUGGAGAAUCCUUUGCACGGCAGGAUGCUGUUGCGGAGCUCGGAUCUUCACAGGAUCAACGGAAUAGAAGCUUACAACUACACGACCUACGCCUUGGAUGUGGAGGCGCCGUUGCGCUGCGGCGACAUCAGCUUCAACCAGCAUAAGUUCAAUUUGAAAGUGCUAUCGUUCGAGCAGCAAGUCGACACUGUGAUGAUAGGAUUGAACUCCAUGAACGAGAUAGUCGCGUACGUGACCGAUCCGGUCGACUUUCAGAAGUCUUUGAGUGGUGCGCCCAGGGUGAGAAUUGCUUAUAUAAGAGGUGUGGAUAGAUUGCACAAUGUUACGGUGACGUUGCAAAGUACGUCCGGAAUGCAAGACGUUUACUUCGUUCAAGACGACCUUCAUUUGGCUACUUCAGCUUACAUGGAGUUGCCACAAGGAAUAUAUGAAUGUAAGAUAAGCAGUCAGGAAGAUCAACACCUUGUUGAAAAACAUUUUCAUUUGGCUUUGGGCGGAGUGUACUCCUUGGUUGUAAGAGAAAAUGAUGCUGGCAUUGAGUUCCUUAAAUUGUUCAUCAUGUCCGAGCCAAACUCCAUAAAUAUAUUAUGGCUGAUACCUCAAUAUUUCUUGAUUUCUGUGGCAGAAAUCAUGUUCGGCAUAGCCGGCCUUGAAUUUUCGUUCACACAGGCGCCGAAGUGCAUGAAAACUGUGGCCAUUGCCGGUUGGUAUCUGUCCGUAGCGGUUGGAAACUUUCUAGUCAUAAUCAUAACCCAGUUGAACUUAUUUAAAAGCCAGGCGAAUGAAUUUUUCCUCUUUGCCGUGUUAAUAGUUGCUGACAUGGUACUCUUUAUGGAGAUGGCAUCCAACUACAAAUUCGUCCAAGUAGAAUUCGACAGUUCAACAAUCCUCGAUGAAAAGACAAAACUGAUCGCCGAUGAACACGAUUUCGAUCAUUUUAAUCGAUGAUAACAUUAUGAUUGUAUUUUUAGAAUAUAUAAGAUUUAUUAAUUUGA